AUGGAGCCUGUUGCGGGUAGUCUUCUCGCGCCGCUACUCCUCGCAGGGGCCGCUUUCUCCAACCAUUUAACUGAUUCUUAUGGUGCGACCGCGAAUUACUGGGCAAUUGGUCUGCAUAUUUCCUGCUGGAUUGCACAAUUCGUAGGCCACGGAAUUUUCGAAGGUAGAGCCCCAGCGCUCCUUGACAAUUUAGUACAAGCCUUCUUCCUAGCGCCUUUCUUCGUAUGGAUGGAGAUACUGUUCUUAUUUGGCUACCGGCCUGGAUUGCAGUCACGAAUAGCCAAGGCCGUGGAGAAGGAAGUCGACAAAUUCCAUCAAUCAAAACUACAUGGUAAUGGUCGCGCUACGAAUGGAAAGAUCAUACGAACCAUUGCGUCUUUGGCGUUGUCACUCGCUGUGUACAAAUACGCUCAUGGGGACCCCGAUAAACAGCCACUACUUACGCGGUGGCUUCACUAUUACGACUCGAUGCAAGAGGACUUCAAAAGAAAGACCUACAUGAAUAUCAAGUUUGUCGAGGAGGCGGGCAAAGAUCGGCACCUGUUUGAGACGGCACCAUUUGUUGGUCAUAUGGAGUUGAAAUUCCCGGAGUAG